AUGGCUUCAACAGGGCAGCCAUCGUCACUUAAAAGAAGAGAUGCGCCAUUAACAAGAGAAGGAGAUCAGCUUACUAUAACCCCUUUAGGGGCUGGCAAUGAAGUUGGUCGUUCUUGUGUUUACAUGUCUUAUAAAAGCAAAACUGUACUGUUUGAUUGUGGAAUUCAUCCUGGUUACUCGGGUAUGGCAGCUUUGCCGUAUUUCGAUGAGAUUGAUCCGUCAACAAUAGAUGCCCUUCUUAUCACCCACUUUCACUUGGAUCAUGCUGCAUCCCUACCGUACUUUCUGGAAAAGACCACAUUCAGAGGCCGAGUCUUUAUGACUCAUGCAACAAAGGCUAUCUAUAAGCUGAUUCUGACUGAUUAUGUCAAAGUGAGCAAAGUUUCAGUUGAAGACAUGUUAUUUGACGAACAAGACAUUAAUCGUUCCAUGGAUAAAAUUGAGGUUAUUGAUUUCCACCAAACUGUGGAAGUAAAUGGCAUUAAAUUUUGGUGCUAUACUGCUGGUCAUGUUCUUGGUGCUGCCAUGUUUAUGGUUGACAUUGCUGGCGUUCGAGUCCUUUACACUGGAGACUAUUCUCGGGAAGAAGACCGGCAUCUCCGUGCUGCUGAGCUCCCACAGUUCUCUCCCGAUAUAUGCAUAAUUGAAUCCACUUAUGGUGUCCAGCUCCACCAACCACGACACAUUCGGGAGAAGCGAUUUACUGAUGCUGUCCAUUCUACUAUAUCACAAGGGGGUCGUGUUCUAAUUCCAGCAUUUGCCCUUGGUCGUUCGCAAGAACUUCUAUUGAUCCUUGAUGAGUAUUGGUCAAACCACCCUGAGCUUCAUAACAUUCCAAUAUAUUAUGCCUCUCCACUUGCAAAAAAGUGUAUGGCUGUUUAUCAAACAUACAUACUUUCCAUGAAUGAGAGAAUUCGCAACCAAUUUGCAAACUCAAACCCCUUCAAGUUCAAGCACAUUUCACCAUUAAAUAGCAUUGAGGAUUUUAGUGAUGUAGGCCCAUCUGUUGUAAUGGCAAGUCCUGGUGGACUUCAGAGUGGGUUGUCACGCCAACUCUUUGACAUGUGGUGUUCUGAUAAGAGAAAUGCUUGUAUUUUACCUGGUUAUGUCGUUGAAGGGACACUGGCAAAAACAAUUAUUAAUGAACCAAAGGAAGUCACGCUCAUGAAUGGUCUGACUGCUCCACUCUGCAUGCAGGUUCAUUACAUUUCAUUCUCUGCCCAUGCAGACUAUGCGCAGACUAGUACAUUUUUGAAAGAGCUCAUGCCUCCCAACAUAAUUCUUGUUCAUGGAGAAGCAAAUGAGAUGGGGAGACUCAAACAGAAGCUUAUUACCGAGUUGACCGAUGGCAACACCAAAAUCAUUACCCCUAAGAAUUGUCAGUCUGUUGAGAUGUAUUUUAACUCAGAGAAAAUGGCUAAGACCAUUGGAAGAUUGGCUGAAAAGACCCCAGAAGUAGGUGAAACUGUCAGUGGUGUUCUGGUAAAGAAAGGUUUCACGUACCAGAUAAUGGCUCCUGAUGAUAUACAUAUCUUCUCACAGCUAUCAACAGCUAAUAUCACUCAGAGGAUUACUAUCCCAUUUGCUGGUGCCUUUGGUGUGAUAAAGCAUCGACUUGAGCAGAUAUAUGAGAGUGUGGAAUCAUCAACAGAUGAAGAAUCUGGGGUUCCAACAUUGCGGGUGCAUGAUAGAGUGACUGUGAAGCAGGAUUCAGAUAAGCAUAUUUCAUUGCAUUGGACAUCAGAUCCUAUAAGUGACAUGGUGUCAGAUUCCAUUGUAGCUUUGGUUCUGAACAUUAGCCGAGAGAUCCCCAAGGUAGUAGUUGAAUCUGAGGCUGUGAAAAUGGAAGAAGAAAAUGGGAAAAAGGCAGAAAAAGUUAUUCAUGCACUCCUAGUUUCACUCUUUGGGGAUGUCAAAUUAGGAGAAAAUGGAAAGCUUAUGAUAAGUGUGGACGGGAAUGUAGCUCAUCUUGAUAAACAGAGUGGGGAUGUUGAGAGUGAAAAUGAAGGUCUUAAGGAGAGAGUAAAGACAGCUUUUCGGCGAAUUCAAAGUGCAGUAAAGCCAAUCCCUCUCUCUGCAUCUUAGUUUUUUCCAUUAUCUUUUGAUCUAUUGAUUCCCUCUUUUAAUGUGCUUAACUUUGAAGAUAAAUUUUGGAUUUGCCAAUAACGCAAGGCAUAUUUUAAUUAUUUGCCAUAGUUAUUACCAAGCAUUGAUUCCUAGUUUGUACAGCUUAGUACUGAAGCAGGUCAUAAAAUUGUAGUUGUCCGUUUAUAUUAGCUCUAUGUUGUUCAUUUUCAAGAUUUCAUCAUCACUUUAAGUUCUAGCUAUCUGAUCUUGUAAGAUUCAUGGUUUUCUCUCUGUGUGAAACAGGGAUAGAUGAGUUUGAUAUA